GGGCGGAAGCGGUGCUUUCUGGCAGGAAGCAGCGUCUCGGGGUGAGACUUGUUGUCUCGCGCGAGUUCGCUGCUGCUUGGGCGGGCGGUUUGAAUCCCAGCAGCUAGAAAAAGCAUUUUUUUCCCGCGGCUGGAGAUGGAAGAGGAGAGGGAGAAAGCAGGAAGUCGUAACAUGACCUCCCCAGAUUUAGAUGGCCUGUGCUCCAAUAUAAACAGCAAGAUUUCAAAUAUCAAGACGUUGCUACGAUUAAGAAAGAUAGGCCAGGAGCAAUCCCUGAAAGCCGUGCUCAGCAAGAUAGUCCACGAGAUGUUCCUCUUCAACGACUUCCUCAACAAGAUGGAGCUGGAAUGUCAACAUCAGGAGAGGCAGCAAGGUCAACUCAAGGAGCUCCGGGAACUGAUUGAAAAGGACUAUGCUGAAGCCCAGCAUCUGGAAGAAAACAUGCCUUUCCACCUGCCCAGUGCAGAGCCCGCUAGCGCCAUGAGUUUGCCUGCAAAGGAGGAGCAGGGCAGAGACCCGGACCUGGGGCGCCAGAAGAAGCCAGCGAAGGCGACCAAGCACGUGAGAGAAAUCCCCUUCAUGACGGUGGAGGAGUUUGAAAGUGUUCCAGCGUACAUGCGAGGUCGCCUGACAUACAGUCAAGUGAAUGCCGUGAUUCAAGAAGUCAACAAGGCCGUGGCCAGCAAGUACAAGAUCAUGCGCCAGCCCACUAAAUCGAUGACCAGCGCCAUCCGGAACCUCUACUUCAGAUUCCAGGAAGAAGAAACGAAGGAUACAAAAGGCGAGUUCUUUAUCGUGGAGGCGGACGUUGAGGAGUUCACGCAGCUGAAGGCGGACAAGCGUUUCUACAGCAUCCUGACCAUCUUGCGGCACUGCCAGAGAGUGAAGGAGAUCCGGGGCUCACGGCUCGUUCGCUACGCCGUUUGUUGAGAGGCGGCAUCUUUGGACUUGAGGUGGUGGUGAGGUCCCCCAAGGUCCAUGGGACGAAUCAAAUUCUAAAUGGUCACUUUGUUGGUUUUGAGCCUGCUUUAGUGUGCUUUGAAAUCCUUUCACAAUUAACCAACUAAUCUUAGAAUGGGCUAGCCUCCAAACGUAAUCGUUCCUCUCUUUUUUUUUUGCAAAAAUAUGAAGAUGUUUGGCAAGCAAGCAUUCUUUGCCCCCCCUCCCCAGUUUGAGUUUUGCAUCCCAUGUCCUUAAAUAACUCCUCUCCCCGCACACCGUUCGCUGCCGUUUGACGUGACUAACGACGUAGCAGCUUAAAACGAAUUUCUCUGAGCUCUUGAAGCUGGAAUUUUGGAAUUGCUCAAACGCCAAUAAAGAGUCUUAACCGCA